AUACAAUCCAAAUCCGAAAGCAAGUGACAGAGUUACUAAAAGAAAGAGAGCAGAACUGAGAGCACAUGGGCACAGAUGUAGUGCAAAAUGAUCACAAUGUGUCUAUUUUUCCUGUGCCUGCUUGCGACUCCGGCAGCUGUACACGGAGACACAACAGAAGCAUUGUUGACUGUGGAGCCUGCCUGGACUGAUUUUUUUUUUUAUGAAAAAGUCACUCUAAAAUGUAGAUUGAAAACUUAUAGACGUGCAUACAAUUGUAAUUUCUAUAGAGAAAUUAACAUUAACAUUGAAAAUGAGAGUAGGAUUAAAGAAUAUUGCAGUAUUCAAACGACCAUCAAAUACAGUGGAAAAUACUAUUGCAAAGUUAAUGAUAAAUACGUGAGCAACACCAUCAACCUGACAGUCAUUGAAAACAACAAUCUCAUUUUGACCGUGGAGCCAGAACCAACUGAGGUAUUUGAAAUGGAUACUGUUACAAUGAGAUGUCGUUGCAAAUCUUGCAACAGUGAAUGGUUCACCUGGUACAAAGGAGGGAUGGAAAGGCCCAUUGACUACUCAAAAGUAAAUUCUAGGUCUACAUACCAAAUUACUUCAGUCAGCAUGUCUGACAGUGGUGUCUACACAUGUAGAGGAUGGUCUUACUCUUACAUAGAAAGCAACACAAUUACAUUGCAGGUGUCAGAGCGCCCUAAAGCUGUUUUGACAAUAGAAGUGGAUUGUUCUAACAAGUUUGAAGGGAAGAAAGUAAAACUUCGAUGUGAGGUACCUGGAAAAUACAAUGACUGGAAAUAUGUAUUUUACAAAAAUGGAGGUAGAUAUAAAUUGUAUGGAAAUAUGGAUGUUUAUGAAAUUGGACAUAUGAAUAGAUAUUCUGAAUACCAGUAUUCUUGUCAAGGACUUCUGGAAAGACCACCCUCCUACUCAAAACUAAGUGAUCCUAUCAAACUCAAAGCGGAAGUUGAGGCCAUAACUGAACCCAUUUUGGAAUUUAGUCAGUACCAAUUCUGGGAAGGAGACCUGGUUACUCUCCACUGUUACACCCAAGUAAAUCAAUGGUAUAAUGUCUCAUCACUUCGUUACACAUAUUACAAAGAUCGGGAAAUUCUGAAAACAAUCCUAAAUGAAAGUACAUUGGAAUUCAGACUCCAUCGUUUUGAGAACAUGAGCAACUAUUCAUGCAACGUGACCAAUGAGGGAACUGAAUGCACAAGAUCUAGUAAACCUGUUGCCCUCCAUGUUUCAGAAUUAAUUUCCAUUGUGAUCCUACAAGCAGUCCCCACAGCCUUUGUGAGAGAAGGUCAGCCUCUUACUCUAGCGUGCAGUGCCAAUGUGUUGAAGCAUCAUUUCACUGAACCCCUGCUAUACACGUUUCUAAAGGAUGGCGAGCCAGUGACAGAAAGCAGCUCCUCAGCACAGUAUACGACAACUGCCAAUGAAAGCCACACUGGAGAGUAUGAAUGUGAAGGGCAGUUAAACACAGUGACAAAACGAAGCCUGCCAGUCUCUGUCCUCGUGUGGAUUCCAGUAUCCACACCAGUGAUGGUCAUCAGUGGAAACAGGACAACAUCUCCAGGGGACAGUCUUCAUAUCAGCUGUCAGUCAUCCAGAGGCACUGACCCAAUCCACUACCAACUCUACUUUAGAAAUCAACAAAAUAAUGACAUCCAGCUGACAGAAGACUCUGGACCUAUCUCUUACAAGCUGAACAUCACUGGAGAGGUCCAGACCGGGUCAUACUGGUGCAGGGCUAAUAACAGUGAAGAAGAUGAGCCAGCACUCAGCAAUGAAAUCAACAUCAUGGUCAUUGUGCCAGUGUCUGGCGCUAGUCUCAUGUCCAAUUUGAGUGGCACCGGAGUUUCAAAGGGCUCCAGCAUCUUUUUGACAUGUACACUGAGUGCAGGCACCGAGCCCCGUUUUAUCUGGUUUCAUAAUGACCAUGAGCUUCCAAGCAUCGAUCCAGCCAAGACCUAUGCACUGAGUGAGAAAGGGAGUUAUCUGACCAUCUACUCUGUGAGCGAGCGCCACGAAGGGGACUACUACUGCGUUGCUGUUAAUGGAGUAGGCGACAGCAAGACCUAUACGUCCAGCAGCAGUAUUGUACAGCUGAAAAUAGCUCACUCAUCUCCUGUAGCCCUUAUCAUCACAGCCAUUCUGAUCACCUUUCUUCUGGUUAUCUGCAUCGCCUUUCUUGCAAUCAGAUAUCGUUCUUACUGCAGCCAAUGGAGGAAAUAUGUAGAGAAGCCCAAAGUAAACAGACAGAACUCUAGGCUACCAGCUGUGCCAACAGCUCCCCCUAUGGAUGAGUGGAGGGAGCAAAACAAUCUGGUGCCAGCUGCCAGUUCAGAUGAUAGAUUCCCUAUAGACAAUCGACCUAGAGAUGAAAGAUUGGUCUACUCUAUGGUGGACAUCAAGAAGACAACAGGAGCAAACAGGAACGAAUCCAAGGGCAGAACGGGAUCAGCCAACGCAGACUCUGUGGAGUAUUACGUGACAUAUGCUAUGGUCAACCUGAAAGGCUCCAUUAAGAAAAACGUCCAUGCGUCUGAAGAAGAGGAAGGAGGGACAGAUGAUGAGGUUGAAAGACAAGAAGAGAGAAAAAUGCUGGAACAUGUCAGAGAGAACGUAUACUGCAACAGCGAGAAUCUGUAUGAAAAUUUUUAAAAUGAACUGAGAACGAAUCAGGCACAAGAGCAUCGGAGGUGCUUCCUGGAUGAUGAACUCACUUGAAGUGAUGUAGCUGUAAGAGAUAAUGUACAGUAAUGGUCACAUAUGUACAGAAGAGCUGACAUGAUGGCCUAUUGCAGGUCAGGAGAGAACAUAUUGAUGUGCACACCAGUGGUCUGCCUUUCUGUAGGAUAUUCACAGAGCGGGACUGCCGACAAUCUAUUACUACUCCACUAAGAAAAUGAUGUGAUGCCGUAAUAAUUAUAUUGGCUUUUUUCAUCAUGUAUUUGAUGAAGGGCUAGCUGAGGGGUUAUCUUCAAAAUGUAGCUUUCAUAAUAGUGACCUGUAAAUAAAGAAAUAACAUUUA